AUGUUAAAAAAUAUGUCAGUGCUAUUGAUUGUGUUACUGGGUAAAACUGGAUCAGGAAAGAGUGCAACUGGAAACACAAUAUUGGGCAGAAAUGUGUUUGAGACAGAUGAUUCCAUGGAUUCAGUCACGAAAUCGUGUCAGAAACAAAAUGCAGAUGUGGGUGGAAGAAUCAUCUCAGUGAUCGACACUCCAGGACUCUUUGAUAUAUCAGUGACUCAAGACGAUCUGAAGUCUGAGAUCGAGAGGUGCGUUGACAUGUCUGAUCCUGGUCCUCAUGUGUUUCUGCUGGUCAUCAGGCUGGAUGUGAGAAUGACAGAGGAGGACAUGAACACAGUGAAAUGGAUUCAGAAGAACUUUGGAGAAGAUGCUGUAAAAUACACCAUGAUUCUGUUCACUCAUGCUGACGCGCUGAAAGGUAGAACGUUAGAGAAGUAUGUCGAAAAAAGCCAAGCUUUGAAGAAACUCAUUCCACAGUACGGCGGUAGAUAUCACGCAUUCAAUAAUAGCAAGAGAAUGAAUCGAGUUCAGGUAUCGAAACUACUCAACGUGAUAGAUGAAAUGGUGAAGGAGAAUGGAGGACAACACUACACUAAUGAGAUGUAUAAAAAUGUGCAGAAGAAGAUUAAAAAGGAAAAUGAUAAACAAACAGCACUAGAGUAUGGAACGACUGCAUUAACAGUAUUAGGAGGAGCAGUAGCAGCAGGAGCAGCAGCAGGAGCAACAGCAGGAGCAGCAGCGUUAGCAGCAGGAGCAACAGCAGCAGGAAGUGCAGAAGCAGCGGCGAUUGCGGCGGCAGCAGUAGCAACAGCAGCAGCGCUAGCAAAAGCAACACAUUACUAA